AUGAAAAAAUGCACAAAAUGUGUAAUGGCAGGUGAUGGUCCUAAAAACAAAAAGCAAAAACAAGAACCCGAAACCACCAAACCUUUCUCUUCUCCACAGACUCAUGUAUUAAUAACAAAAGAAGACCUCAAAAACUCUGCAUUACAACUUAAAUUUGUUAAUCGUGAAAAUGAGUCGGAACGAAUUGUUAAUACUUUAGUGCAAAACAAGAAGCAACAAAACUUGAGCCAAGCUAAAUUAGUGUCGCUUUUUCAAACCUUUGGUAUUGGUAAAACAACCUUGGUCAGAAGAUUUAGAGAGGUAUAUGGAAAAUGGGAUCAACAAUCGGAAUGGGUGAAAGAUUUACAGCUAUUUGAAUUGGAUUUUAGAUUAUUUAAAGUCUCUUCGGAAGAAAGUAUUUCAGAUAUGAGCAAAAAAAUUGCUGAUUUCGUGGUUAAGGAAUAUUGCAAGCAAUUUAUAACAAAAUUCCAACCAAAUGGAUCACAAGAUCUUUUACAGAAAAGACAAGAUUUUUACCAAAAGAUGUUGGAUUUUGCAAACCAAAACGAUUAUGGAGCUAACCUUAUUUUUGAAGCUUUAAAUAUUGAUUCAUCCUUACCUGAAGGAUAUUUAGUACUUGUUGAUGAAGUAGAUGGAAUUUUACAGAAUAAUUUUGGGCAACUAUUGCAAGACUCGAAAUGGACAACAUGUAAAGAAGGUUGUGAUAUUUAUUUGAGUCGCUUUCUAGAAUUAUGGAAUGAAGUAAUGCCACUUCUGAUCCCCUAUAAGAGCACUGUUAUAUUUAGUGGUCAUAUUCCUGUACACUUAGCUUUGACAGAGAAUCAAGAUGUUAAAAAAAGUCCACCUUCUGAUUACUGUCUUGUAUUUCUGUCACCUAUGGAAAACCAGGUCGUCGAAAUCAUGCUCAGACAGAGUCAUGUUCAAAAAGGUAAUUCGUGUAUCACACUAUUGGAUGCUUUACAAUUGUUAGGCUUAAAUGAUAUUGAUGAUUUCAUAGAUAUUCUUGUGGAAUAUACUGGAACUGCUCCAAGAAUAAUGGAAAAUGCAUUCAAUAGCAUUUUGCGUAACUUGAAUAAUUUAUCAUCAAAAGAGAAAAUAUGUGAAGCUAUUGAAAAAUCUGAGCAAAAACAACACGAUGUGACGAUUGCUCUGCGCAAUGAUGAACAAGCCAAAUUGGUAGCUCAUUUAUAUUUACUCCAUUCCUUUGGUAUUGCCAUACCAUCUCAAACAAGGCACAGAAACUUUAUUGAAAUACUUCCAUAUUUAAAAAUGCAUUUUCAAGUCAUGGAAGAUAAGACUGUCAAGAUUAAUAUACCCAAGCUACUAAAAGAUGAUAUUUUAAUGAAAUUAUCAAAAUUCAAAACAUCAAUAAGUGGAGUGCGCUAUAAUUUGUUGCAAAAUAAUUCCAUUUUACUCCACACUUCAAAGGCGUUGGAAUUAUCAGUCAUUGAUUUAUUAGCUGAACAAAUAUUGACUCUCUCUUUUACAAAAACGAACGAAAUUACUGUAUUUGGGGAUUUAUGUGGCGGGAUUUUCAAAGAAACAUUUUUUAGUAGUUUAGAGUUACCUCCCAAUUUUUUAACACAAAAUAUUUUAAUCCCUGGAUUUUCACCAAUUAGCACAAAACAACAGUACGAUCAAGAGAUGGGGUUUAGUAAUUACCUACAUCCAAAUUACGUAUCAUUCACCUCAGUGUUAGACGAUGCUAUGAGUGAAAAUCAAUUUUGUGCAGCUAUUCCUGGAGAAAUUAAUAGUGGAUUUGAUGUAUUGAUAGCACUGAACAAAACUCCAUUACAAGUAUUAAGAAAAUUGUUAUUAUUUGAAAUGAAACUCUAUGAAAAGGAUUUUUCUUUAUCAAAGUUGCAAGAAGAAAUCAAUCAAGCAUCGGCUUUUUUACCCAAUACCUAUUCAGUUGAAGAAAAGCCAUCUUUGAAUGGAGAAAAUUUACACUUCACAGUAAUAAUGGUAGUUAUGGGAUAUUCAGAUAGCGUACUUCGAGUUAUAGAAAAAAAUGCGAAUAAUUAUGGAUCUCUUCUUAUAACAGGAACAUGCUAUCUAGAGAAUGAAACAAUAAGCUACACAAAGCCAAAAUUUGGAACAAAAUCUUGGUUGAAAUUGAAAAAAGGAGGUUUCGAAGUUCUAUUGUUAACUAAAAAAGGCUUAGAGAAUUUAUUAAGCAAGGAUUUGUAUACUCUGUUUCAUGACCACACCCAGAAAAAGGAAGAACUGUAUAGAAAAAUGAUUUGUUAUCAUGUUGGAUUCCCCCAAAAACCUUCUUUUUCAAGCAUUGAAUCUUCAUACACUCCUUUGACAUCAAAUAUUGGAUCCUCUCAAAUGCAUGCCAAUCAAGCAUCAAACUCAAAAACAUUACAAAGAGCUUGUGGAAUGUUAAUUAUCCAAGAUAAUCUAUUGGAUAAAAGCAGGCCAAAAAGUUGGAGCCCUGAGCAAGUUAAAGUGGUAUUAUUAGAUGCUGAGCAAGGUGUUGGAUUGGAUGAAGAAGAGUCCCAAAACCUCAAAUUGAAAGGACGUGACUUGGACAAUAUUAUUGAUGCUUUGAUUAGUUUUAAUGGUGACAAAGAAGCAAAGAUUAGUCAUGCCUUUGCACAACCACUUGAAAUUAAGAGUCUUGCAGUUAAAAACAUAAUUGUUAGAUGGGUUUUUAAUAAUUUACUUGAAUACAAAUAG